CGAUGACGACGACGACGACGACGUUACUGCUUCACGAGCGCCGCUCGGCCUCGAAAGCGGGGGCGGGGGCCGCUCGAGGCCCCCCGCCGCUCCGCCCCCCCCUCGCCAUGGGGCAUGGCACCAGGAUGCGCCGCUCCUCCGUGGACGCCGCCGCGGGCGCGGCGGCUCGCGGCCUGGCGCCGCCGGGCCGCCGCUCGCCCUUCGAGUCGAGCUUGGCCGUGGGGGCGCGGUGGGCCGCGCCGCGCCUCUGCGGGCUGGACGCCGUGCGCCGCGCCCUGGAGGGCGACGUCCUCGCCCAGCAGCGGAAGUACGCCGGCCUGGAGCCGCAGCUGCAGACGGCCCGCUUCCACGUGGCGCUGCCGAGGAGCCCGCAGCACUCCAAGUUCAGCUGGCGUGCCCGCCGGGGCAGCGCGCCGCAGGGCGCCUCGCGGGUGGCGCCGCUUCGGAGCGGCGACGACUCCACCGCCACGCCGGACAGCGCCGUGUCGGACACCGUGGAGAUCCACCGCUCGGCCACAGGGUCCUGCAGCGCCUUUUUGAAGGCCGCGCGACUCGGGCAGCAUGCGGUGGCGCCGAAGGAGGAGGCCAGCCCGACUGCGCGGACGAGCAAGCUUACCUUGUUGCAGAUGUUCCGGGACAUUGACUGCACUGGCUGCGGCGUUGUCACGCAGCGCCAACUGGUCGUGGCCUUGCAGAAGCGCCCCGAGUACGCCAGCGCCUUUUUUCAACGCUCUGGUGGGUCGCCACAGCGAGAGGGUGCCCAGCGCAUCCGGGAGAUCCUCGACCAGGUGGACACGGGCACCGACGGCAGCGGCGACAGGGGCCUCAACUGGGACGCGUUCGUGGACUUCUUUCGGCGGGCCGGGCUGUUCCUGCAGUACCACCAGGACCGGCCCCCGGAGCAGGGGCGUCCCGCGCAAGCGGGGGUCCGCCAGCGCGCCAGGCCCUGCAGGA